AUGCAACAAACCUUGUUGGCGCCAGCAACAAGUUAUCAGAACUCUCUAGUACAAUAUCUUUCGAAAAUGGGAAACACAUCAACCUGCACUUCAAAGGGAAUACAAUUUCACUUGAUCCCACCCAGGACACCUCACUUUAGAGGCUUAUGGGAAGCAGCCGUUAAAUCAGCAAAACGCCUUCUGAUCCGUAGUGUGGGCUCAGCAUCAUUAACUUUUGAAGAAUUGGAAACUGUGCUUAUUGAAAAAGAAGCAAUUUUAAAUUCGCGUCCCUUGACACCCAUGUCCAACGAUCCAUUUGAUAUUCCCGCCCUAACUCCUGAACAUUUAUUAAUUGGUGAAGCUCCUACAGGUUAA